AUGGGAAACAAAGUCUCGGCCAUUGACUCCCGAGUCACAAAGAAAGGAAAGAAGCGCGUCAAGACUCUAGGAAUGUUCAAUUAUCCAAACGGACGAAACAUUCGGGAAGAAUACCGUCGAACUGGAGGUACCCAAUGGGUGACUGUCUUCUUCAACUGGGCUGAUCACAAGUACAACGACGAAGAGUUGAUGGAUCUUGUAGUGGCUCGCAUCAACGCCAGAGAUGGCAUGAUUUCAUCCGAACCCGUCCAUCACGACAUCAAAUGGUGUCUAUCUUUACGUGUUCCAGGAUACUGGAAGCCUACCGAUAUCUCGAUUGCCGCGGCCGCCAAGGUUAUUGCACAAUGGCACAAAAGUGAAAUGCGCCAUGCAGGGGUGAAGAUCAAUCGACGAUAUCUUUUCCGUGACAGUAAUCGAAAAAAUCGUCUUGUUCGUUAA